AUGGACCUGGCAAUCUCCAGGAUAAACUGCCGAGUAUUUAUCCAGCAUCUGGGAAGGGACAUAUUGCUGCCUCUGACAGUAGAAGGAAUGAGCAAGAGCAUGAACAAAAGCAACCGCAUCCUUGUCAUUAUAUCAAAAUCACCAGAUGAUUCUGUCAAGAGGAAAAUAAUGUCUCUUAGUCUACAUAAAGAAAGCUCAUCAGAUUACAUAGAGGAUGGCUAUCAGUUCCAUCCAGAAAACCUGAGCUUGGUGAUCCUGGGAAGCAAGAAAGAGCAUGAAGGAUGGUACUUUAUGUACCUGGAGGAAAACGUACAUAUCCAGUCAUUUUGUGCACAGCUGAAGCUUUAUGAGCAGGUCUCCACUCCAGAAAUUCAAGUGCUAAACAAAACCCAGGAGAGUGACAAUGGGACCUGCAGCUUGAUGAUAGCCUGCACAGUGAAGCAUGGGGACCACGUGGCUUACAACUGGAGCGAGGAGGGCGGCACUCACCUGCCCAGCCCAGCCAACAGCUCCCAUCUGCUCUUCCUCACCCUUGGCCCUCAGCAUGCUGACAAUUUCUACAUCUGCACCGCAAGCAACCCUGUUAGCAGCCGCUCCCAGGCCUUCAAUCUGUGGAGUAGCUGCACGUCAGAACCCGCAGAACAAAGACAAUGGGAAUUGUAUUCUCUGCUGCUCCCUGGGUGUGCCCUGGGUGUCAUCCUAAUUCUCCUAGUGUCGAUAAUGCUGUGGAGAAGAAGAGGUAAAGCAAAACAUUGUCAGCCAGUGAUGGAAGAAAAAAGCCUCACUAUCUAUGCCCAAGUCCAGCAAUCAGGUUCUCUUCAGCAGACACCUGACCCCCCGCCAACUCAGGACCCCUGUACCACCAUUUAUGUGGCCGCCACCGAGCCUGUUCCAGAGUCUGCCCCGGAACCAAAUCCCAUCACAGUCUACGCCAGUGUGACACUUCCAGAAAGCUGACACCCAAGGCUAGUGAUGGGACUUUCUGAAGGAGGAUGGAAAACCAAACUGAACACUGAACAUGGCCACAGGCCCCAUGUUCUCUGUGCAGAUGCUCUGCAUGUCUGAACCCUUUUUUGGAUCAACUCUCUGUUGAUGCGUCUCCAUACCCAGCAGUGGACAUGGCAGGGAUGGUCCCCGAGUGUUUAGCCUGCUCUGCAGCUGGCAUAGGCACAGCACAGAGAGCUCCUUGAUACAGCUCUCCAUCUGUGUGAUGUAGCAGACUCAGUGGAUAAUGUGAGACCAGACUUUUGGACAGCUCGCUCUUUACUAGGAUGGACCAAGACAGGAAGCCUGAGCAUCUAAUGCGUGGAUAGCGGACCACCAGCCAGUCUGGAAAAGUUUACAUUUUGACUGUCUGUACUUUAUUUUGAAAAAGGAUCCUCAUCAUCUUCAGACCUGAUGGAGGCUUUAUGCCUCCAUUUCUGUUUCUCUGAAUGAAGAAUAAAUGAGGUGGGGGGGAGUCUUUAUUUUAUGUAAAACACUCAGGGAUAAUUUUAUAAAAGAAUGAAUAUUUUAUUUGAAGAAAGAAAGUUAAAAAUAGUAAACUGAAAGAGUGAUUUUUUUAAGGUCUCUGAGCUUUGCGCAAUAGAAGGGAAGCCACCUAAGAUUCUUAAAACUGGGGAUGGGGAUUUAGCUCAGUGGCCUAAGUGCCUGCCUUGCAAGUGGGCAGUUGUGAGUUUGAUCCCUGGUACCGAUAAAAAAUGAAAAAGAUUCUUAAAACUACAGUUCUAUAUGAAUAGCAUUCAAUUUUAAAGAAAAGCAACCGGUGUUGGUCAUGCUGGUACAGAGAAACUUGGGAUACUCAGAGGUACUUGUCCCUGGGGAGAUGUUUCACUUCUCGAGAUGACUUUUAAAUCUGACUUCUCUAUUUACUCCGCGCGAUGAGCCUAGAGUCAGGUACUGUCCACCCCCAUUCUGAGCCCAUUUUACAUCUCUGGCCUUGUGUGGAAUCUCAGGUCCAUCUAUGCCAAACACCUCCUACUCCCUGAAUACCUCUCUUUACAUUAACUUUAUCUUCAAGAAGAUAAUUAAAUUAUUUUUAUCCAACUGUUUCAAAUGAUUGAAUGCUU